UCAUUGUCCGGCGCGGCGCUUCUCCGGCCGCCGGGAACUGCCACACUUUUGUCGCGGUAAACGAUGACGUAAGUGCUGGCUUCGUUCCUCCGGCCGGAGACCGGCCAACUCUGAUCCGUUCUAGACCCUUGAACGCAAAACGACUUCUUUAGUUUUCAUUGCUUUCCGUUCAAACCGUUCAACGGCCAGAUUAUUCUUUGUCGGUUUAGAAUCGCCUGCUAGGGUUUUGGAAAAAUCGGUCAAAGAUCUUCAGCAUUCUUCGUUUUACUCAGCCGCACGGAUUUCAGUACGCAGAAUCGCCUGUAGAUUUUUCCGUCUUUUUCCAAAAUGGCGUCGACUUUUCUCCGUUACUCUGGGGGUGGGUGGGUGGUAAAUCCCGCCUGCCUGUCAUUUUUUUUCGUUUUGUUCAGUUUUGCAGCGCAGAGUUAUCGAUUCGAUUUGGUGCGGAAACUUUUCAGCGUGCUUUAGUUUAUAUAGCCUACUUAGUGAUGGUUCCGAAGCAGAUUAGCUCGAUAACUUGCUGGUUGCAAAAUGACCACGUUCGACCAACAAAAACGUAACAUUCCUAUGAGCCAACAGAUUCACAACGGCCAAGGCGACGAGUUUGAACUAGCGACGAUCUGAAUCUGUGGCGUGAAGGAACGUUUACGGAAUGGAAACGACUUACCUAGCAAAAUAAAGCCACACCAGCACGAGACAGCAUUCUAAAGCGUUCAAAGAUUUCUUACGUACUGUGUCCAAUAAUUCGUUUUCGUUCGGGUACAGAGCACCAUCGUUUCACGAAUCGUGAAACUGACGAGAACAAGCAACAGAAAAUGGUCAUAGCUAUAGUGAAGAAAAGGAUUCGUCUUCCGUCUUUGUGCAGGAUAUUCACAACCAGAAGACCAGCCUGGUGUGGACCGAAGAACGCUGCUGGAGUCUAGAGUGAAAUAAUGUGGCCACCCUGCAAUCGAUUAACGGCUUCUGUUCUUGCCAAUCGGGGGCCAUCGGCGACCGAAGACAAUCGGCUCCGGUUCAACAACAACAGCAGCAACAGCAACCUCCACAGCAACAACAGCCCCCAAAACAACAACAACAACCGGAACCAGUUAAGCUUGAACCAGUUGUUAACAAGGAUGAGUCCAUGGCUGUUGACACGAACGAGGAAUCCGAGGGUGGAAUAAGUGCAAAGAUGCGCAAAAUUUUUGCCAAUCGCAAGAAUCUCACAACGGCCGAACGCAAGAAGCUUGACAAGGAGCGCAAGGCUCGUCAGCUGCGUCGCCUGCGCAAGCUGUUGACACCGAAAAAUGCCGUCGUUGCGCUGCAUGAAAUGCAAGGUCCGGGUAUGGGCGAAUUCAUUAUUAACACCAACGGGCACGAAACGACGGCCGAGAUUGUGCUGAACAAUGUGCGCUAUGAGGCAACCGCUCCGAACAAGCACCUGGCCAAGGCGCGCGCUUCGGAGAAGGCAUUACGCGAUCUGGUAAUCAGCCAGAUGGCUAAAUCACGCCAGCGGCAGGAAAGCACCAAUGGUAACGCCGUCAACGUCAACGCCAACGCUAACGCCAACCAGGAAGCCGCAGCCGCCGCCGAUGAAGAUACCGAAAUGACUGACGUUUCUGACAGCGACGACGUUCCAAUGCUUCACUUGGCUUCGUAUGCAUUGUAUAAGCUGUUCAACGAAUGGCAAAACGAGGGCUUCGAAAUUCCGGCUAUCAAGCCACAAAAACCUUCCGUAAAGCUAAGUGAAGCCGGCAUUCAUCCGUUGGCACCGAAAGUGGCGAAAACUAAGGCAGAUCUUCCUCUCGAUGCGACCACCCGUCACCCAACAGCGUUGCUUGCUUUUAUGCGACCACAAGUUCCCUAUGAGGAUCUGGGAACCAACAAUAGCAACGAUCCGCAAAAACGAGAAUUUUCCGUUGGCGUUACGGUCGAUGGGCAGCGCUUUAUCGGGAAGGCUCGCUCGAAGAAGUUGGCCCGCAAGGAAGCGGCCUCGGCCGCCUGUCGCACGUUGUUCGAUGUCGCUUUUGUCGAAACCUCCGCUGCGAGCCCUUCUGCUGGCACACACGAUCUAUUAGGAUUAUGUGCACACUUGGCCUCUCGAGUUUUUUUUUAGAUCCUGUAUAUUUUGUCUUUCAACAUGAUAACCCAAUCGGCUCGUUUGGCAGAAUUUUUGAGUACCCUCUCAGAGAGUGGUCUCCUAAAUUAUUAUCCAAGUAUUUCUAUCCAGCGGCAUAAUGUUCUCUCAGACACCGGCGCGUUUGAUAAUAGAAUAUAGGACUUCUGGUCUCUUUA